CAGCGCGUCUCCCAUGCCUAACGCGAAAGUCGUGACGCGCCUCCUGCUGUCCGCCCCCCUCCUGUGCGCAAGUCCACCAUGAAGGCCCUCCACCAGCGACUCAAUCUUUACGCGAACGGCAAUGAAACCUACACAUUCGUACCAGCGGAGCCCGUCGGCGCGCGGUCUCUCACAAUUUACAGAAAUUCAGGUGAUAUAGUACUGAACGCACCGAAUACACCACUGCCCGUCACCGCUGAACGUUCAGGCAAGACUAUAUAUGGCAUCUACGGUCUCAUAUCCCUUGCACUCUCGGAAUACAUUAUUGUUAUCACUGGCCGCGAGCUUCGUGGCCGGCUUAUGGGACAGAACAUUUACCGUGCAACGGAUUACGAGAUCCUACCGUUGAACCCCGACAUCUCGGUGUCCAGCCCACCCCACCCUGUGGAAGCACACUUGUUGGCACUCGUCAAAUCGCAUUUGGCUUCCGGAAACUUCCUGUUCAGCUACGCGUGGGACUUGACCAGGAGGCUACAGGCACAAUGGGCAUCGUUGAAGGAGGAUGGGGAUAAGCCUCUCUGGGAAGUGGCGGAUGAUAGGUUUUUCUGGAACAAGUUUCUGCAGUCAAGGCUGAUUGACGUCACGAUUGGGAACCCGGAUCAGAAUUUGAGCCCAUACAUCUUACCAGUGUUGCACGGAACGUUCGAUAUACGCCCAGAACGCGUCAACGGUCAUCAUAUGCGCCUUUGCCUCAUCAGUCGACGAUCCCGUUACAGGGCGGGCACGCGGUACUUCAGGCGGGGCAUCGACCAGGAUGGACACGUCGCCAAUUUCAACGAAACGGAGCAAAUCCUACUAGUUGGACCUGACGAUAGCAGCGUGCAGCUCAGUUUCGUGCAAAUCCGAGGCAGUGUGCCUGUGUUUUGGGCGGAGAUCAACACGCUGCGCUACAAGCCGGACGUACAGAUCAUGGAGCUGCAAGAGACGGUCGAUGCAACUCGGAAACACUUACAAGAAAUUGUGUCCGCGUACGGACAGUCAAGUCUAGUGAAUCUCGUUGACCAGAAGGGUCACGAGCUGCCGGUCAAGGAAGCUUACGAACGUAAUGUCAAGCAGGCAAAUCACCCCAAAGUCAAAUACGAGUACUUCGACUUCCACAACGAGUGUAAGCACAUGCGCUGGGAUCGCAUACAGGGUCUCCUGGAUAGACUAGAUGAGGAUCUUGCGAGCUAUGGCUACUUCCACCUGGAUGCCUCCAAAUCCGAGCCUGUCAGGAUUCAGACGGGAGUGGUUCGCACAAACUGCAUGGACAACCUCGACAGAACGAAUGUCGGGCAAUCUGCGGUUGCAAAGUGGAUGCUCACCCGCCAGUUGCAAGCGCUGGAUAUCCUUCACGAAACCGAUACGAUUGAUCGCUACGAAGACUUCAUGAGGGACUUCCGCGAGAUGUGGACAGACCAUGCCAAUAUGAUCUCCGUCGCUUACAGUGGCACGGGUGCACUAAAGACCGACUUCACCAGGACUGGUCAACGGACUCGUCAAGGCAUGUUCGAGGAUUUCAGGAACUCCGUGAUGCGGUACUUGAAGAACAACUUCUUUGACGGUGCCCGCCAGGAUGCGUAUGACCUGAUGACCGGUACUUUCAUCCCAAGGAGAGGUUGGGUCCCCUCGACAUUUGUUUAUGACAGCCGACCACUGGUCGUCCGGGCGAUGCCAUAUGUGUUCGGAUUCUCUCUUUUCAUGAUCUUCGCGGGCCUCACGUUGCCGCGCACAUCCGACUACUCGCUCUUCUACUACUUCCUACUUUGGUUCACCCUGGUAGCUUUGUCGCUCAUCUUCAUUUUCGCACACGGCAUCGAAUAUGUCAACUGGCCACGGCUCAUACCGCUCACACAUAUCAUCAACUACAACGGUCCUGGCUUCCGGAGCGGACAGCGGGGCAAAGGCUUCGGCAUCCCAGCACUCGACCUGAACAACCUCAAGUCAUCAGCGCCCGUGCACAGAGGGAAGAUGCCAGGCCAUCGGCGUGCGAAGAGCAGGAUAGAGGAAAUUGAGAUGGGGACGAAACGGGUGGACUAGCGUGGAUGAUAUGGUACCUAUUCUGUACAGACUCAGGACUCGGACUGCGCUCAUGUUCCUCCGUUCCGUCGUAUAUUUAUCCUGCUCGAAACAUCUGGUGACCUUGUUACGGGACCGGAGUUGGCGGCUUCUAUGCCAAGCGACGGGUCAUUGUCUGGGGAGAUCUGGGGACCGGCUGGAUGGCGGACUUGACGAUCGUACAUGCUUCUUUGUUUACCGAUCUAAAGUUGCCUGACCUUCUCGUUGCACCCAUAUACCCACACAAAUCUGGAAUCUCGCACAAAUCUGAUUCA